GCAAUGCUCUAAACACAUCUUCCUGGAAGAUCCCUCUCUCUAUAUAUAGCUCUAAAGUUCGAUCUCUCAACUUCACAACAUUCACCUCCUUCACAAAUCUAGCAAUAAUUCUAAGCAUCUCUACAAGAAUUUCCUAUUUUGCUUAGUAUUUCUAAAACCCAUCAAUGGCAGAGAAGGAUCAACAAGUCUAUCCCUUGCCUAUAUCAGGCAACACUAAAGCCAAGCACGACGAAGAGGCCGGCACAGUGCUGUCCAAAGAGCUUCGUCGCAAGAAACGCAUGAAAUGCUUGGCUUAUGUUGUUGCCUUUGCCGUGUUCCAAACCGGUAUUAUAUUGCUAUUUGCACUCACCGUCAUGAAAAUCAAAACUCCCAAGUUCCGAGUUAGGUCUGCUACAUUUGACAGCUUUAAUGUUGUGACAACAACUAGUCCUCCUUCAUUUGACAUCAAGAUGAAUGCUGAACUUGUCGUCAAGAAUACAAACUUUGGUCACUAUAAAUUCGACAGCAGCACCAUUUACUUCUUCUAUAAGGGUACAGAAGUUGGGAGUGCCUUUGUUUAUAAUGCACGCGCGAGAGCUCGAUCCACCAAGAAAUUCAAUGUUGUGGUGGACCUGACUUCAACCAAUUUACCAAGCAAUUCGGGGUUAGGCAACGAUUUCAAUUCUGGGGUUUUGGAGCUGAGCAGCCAAUCGGAAUUGAAAGGCAAGGUGGAGUUGAUGAAGGUGAUGAAGAAGAAGAAGUCCACGGAAAUGAGUUGCACUUUGACCUUAAGUUUGGCGGACAAGGCUAUCAGAGAUUUAAAUUGCAGAUGAAACUUGAAUUCUACGUGUUCUUGGGCUAAUUUAGUGCUUGGCUUUCCUUAGAACUACUGUGAUCAUGUAAAUUAAUAUUGGGUAUAAGACCCAAGGUGUAACUUUGUGGAUAUUCAUUUUAUUUAUUUAUUGUUUUUAAUAUCUUUUAUAUAUAUUCUUUAUAUAAA